CUAGAUCAAAUAUUAUCAAUUGAUUUAAAGAUUAAAUGUAAGAAUAAAAUAGCUAGAAUAAGUUACAAAAAUGGAUGUAGAAGGCAUCCUAAAAGAAAAUGAACAAAAUCACUGAAAGCAAGAAAUAUAACAAGGAUAAUUAAGAGAAAAAUUUAAUAAAUAUUGAAGAAUUUAAGAUCGAAAUUGAUUUUCUUGAUUAAAAGCAAGGAAAGUUAAUAAAACAAUAGGAAGAUUUGAUUAAAAAAGUAGAAAAAAAAUUUCAGAAUAAUGGUCGAGAGAAUAUCGAUAAAAAAAUUAUACUUAAUUUUGAUAGAAAGAAUGAGAGAUUAAAGUUAAAUAAUCCUCAAAGUACAAAUAUAGACUAACAUAAAUAAUAUGAAGAAGAAAUGAGUUAGGAAGAAUAAAAAUAAGAAAAAGAGAAGAAACUGAAAUUUGAUUAAAUUGAAAAAAGAAGAGAAGAUUGCUAAGAUUUGACAAAUUUUGAAAAAACAUCAAAAGUAUUGAUUGCUUAGGAUGAUUUACAAGGAGAAAAAAAAAUAAAUUCAAAUUUAGUUAUUAAAACUUAAAAAAAUGGAGAUAGAUGUGUCAAAUAAAUAUUAAAACAAUAAAAAUUAACAUAAAAUAUUAAAACUGAAUAGAUUAGUGAAGUGAAAUAAAGAAAUCCUACAGAAGAAUAAUAAAGUUAAGAUUUGGCUUCAUAAUGUAAAUAAUAUGAGAAUUAGUUUAAAAAAUUAAAGCAAAAAAAGCAUCCAAAAAUUAUGAUUUAAUCAAAUGGCAAACUCAAAAAGCAUAAUAAAUUGCCAAAUAUGAUAGUAGAUGCUUGCAUAUAGACAGAUAAUACGAGUGACAUUCAUGGUCAAGAAAUUCUCAAUUUAAUUAUUCUCGAAUAAGAUAUAGUAUAUUAAUUACACUAACUACAUGAAAAGAUAUUAAAGCUAUUAAAUAAUUAGAUUUGA